AUGCACUGCCCCAUAAAACACAGACCAAAUGGUUUUGAUACAAUGCAGAUUGUUGUAGGAAUAAGGCUGAUGCGCCGUGUGUAUAAUGAUCCGUCGUUUCGAAAUAUGACGAACGCUGAAUAUGUUAUUCAACCAACCGAUGAAACCGAAUCCGUUGGACCAACUUCGGAUACGUCGCUUUUGUCAAACAAUGUUCAUGACGUUUUGAUGAGCAAUGCAGGUCUUGGACGAUUUCAUAUUUGGCUAACAAUUGUGUGUGGUUUAGCGAAUGCAAGCGAUGCAAUCGAAGUUAUAUGUGUUAGUUUUCUAUUGCCAUCAGCCGAAUGUGCGUUGUCCUUGGAUGCGACAAAAAAAGGCUAUUUAAAUGCAUCUAUUUUCAUAGGAAUGCUCAUUGGUGGUUACAUUUGGAGUAUUAUUGCUGAUACAUUUGGUCGUCGUUCUACUUUGAUUACGUCAUUAAUAGUAAAUGCAAUAUUUGGUGGUGUUUCAAGUAUAGCACCAAGCUAUGGAUUAUUCAUAUCAUGCAGAUUUUUGUCGGGUAUAGGAUAUUAUAUACUGUGGAUGUGGUUACCAGAACUAUAUGAUCGUUUUGAACAAUCAGAUGGUCAAAAAUCAGUUUGUUCUUUAAAAAAACAUAAUUUGACAAAUGGUUCAUCAAUUAUACAUUGUAAACCAGCAACAAAUGUAUUUAUAAAUAGUUUUAUUACAAGUACUGCUAAUUUACCAGGAAAUAUUCUGACUAUUAUUUUUAUUGAUCGAUUUGGACGAAAGUUGUUUCUAGGUUCAAGUUUAUUGUUAUCGGGAAUAUCUGUAUUUCUUAUAUUAUUUAUUAAAACACGAUUAGAAAUUAUAUUAUUAAUGUGUUUAUUCAGUAGUGUAUCAUCAAUUGCCUUUAAUGCUCUUGAUUGUAUUGGAACAGAAAUGUUUCCACAAAAUAUUCGAUCAUCAGCUAUUGGACUUGGCACCGUAUUUUCUCGACUAGCGGCAAUCAUUGGAAAUAUUCUAUUUGUGAAUAAUUUGUCACCAACAAUGGUUAAAAACUAUGCUGACACAUUUGAUGAUACUAAUCCUAAUAAUGAUGAAUUGAAAGAAUUAUGUUUAUUAUUUGAUAAUGAAAGAAAAAACAUGCAUCAAUUAGCCGAAAAGUAUAAACAAUUUGGUCAUUCGGUAGUUGAAGAAAUGGGACAGAAAAUUGCUGUGUAUCAAACAAAAUUGUCAGAAUUAGAAAUAAGACAGACAAAACUAAUACAAGAAAAUGAAUAUUUAAAAAAUAUUGUCAAUCGCAUCCCAAACAAAGACUUUCAAAAAAAAUGUGAUGUAUCCACUCAAACGCCCUACAAACAUCAUGUCAAUUUUUCCGAUACCAUUACGCCAAUUGAAUUGAAUGAUAAAACAAUCUACGAUCGUUUAACACAUUCAACAGAAUUAUUAUCGGAAACAAAUUGUAAACAUAAAUUGUUUAAAAAUUUAUCAACAAGUGAUCAUGAUGAUCCAUUACAACAACAAGUUAGCCUUCAAAAUAUGGCUGAUGCUAUCAAGAUAGCAGAAGUUUAUGAAACAAUUGACUUUAUGCAAGAAGAUGAUGAUGAACAUUUACAAUCUAAAAAAGAUCUAUUAAAAGAAUUUUGUAAUCUCAUUUGGAAACAUCUCGAAGAACGAUCAAAACCGAAAAGUAGUUGUUUAAUUUAA